CAAGCCAGUCCCAUAAUGGCGUGGUCUGUGACAACGUACGUCCUGCUACACAACUUGUAGACCAAAAUUAACUGUAGUUGGGAGUCUUUGAUCGGUCUUUCACGCCCAAUUGUGUAUUUUUCAAUUAGAAUACAAACUAAUUAACCGAAAACGAUUACUCUCACAGUGAAAAAAACAGCGCAAAGGGAGAGAAUAGUGUAUUUUGCCUUAUCGAUUUUUGAGUGACGAUUGCCGUGAACGACAAUAUAGGUGCAUUCCUUUCGCUUGGAUUAUGUGUAGUGCUGAGAAAUUUUGCAAUGGUAUCUGGGUGUGCAGAUAAUAAUGAUCACGGUUGCAUCACCAAAUAAGACAGAGUACGUCCAAAAUUCAACACAGGAGACACAACCAACACCUUCACCGCUUGCUCUUUUAGCUGCGACUUGCAGCAGAAUAGGCCCAACUUCCAAAGAAGUCCAUCCCUCUGUUAUAAUGACCAGUACACCGACUCCUGUCAAAAGCGUGUCCGUAGGCAGCCCCCAAGUUGUCAGUGUGCCGGUAAGCAUCCCCCAGCAGUUCUCGCAGCAUCUUCUGCAGCAGCAAGGAGCUCAGAUUGUGACGGCAGGAGGCCAGAACAUCGCCUACAAUGUCAUGCCACAAAUGCAAACUGUUACAGUAGACGGACAAGAAGCCCUAUUUAUCCCUACAAUGUCUCUAGCAGGCCAACAACCGCAGCAGUUGUUCAGUCCUGGCCAAAUUAUUCGGGCACCCGGGGUAAUGCCAAACAUCCAGAACUUGCAAACGGUUCAGCUAUCUAACGGUCAGAGUGUCGCUGUGCGGCCUUCACUUCAGCAGGUUGUUCAGUUUCCCAUGCAACAGACCAUACCGAUACAGGUACCUAUAUCAACCCAAAAUGGGCAGACCAUCUAUCAGACCAUCCAUUUUCCCGUGCAACUAACCACGGCCGCUGCGCUACCGAACAUCAUACAAGCCCAGCAGAUUGUACCGCAACUUGCCAAUAUAAUAACGCCGAAUGGCCAGCUGCAGCAAGUUCAAAUCGCUACUUCAGUACAACAGCAAACCCCCACUUCUGUCUCUAACGCCAAUGUCCAAUCAGAAGCAACUGCUCAACCUAUGACCUUCACCGGGACCAACGGCCAACAAUUUACUGUGAUACCUACAUCUAAUCUUCAAGCAAUGGGAAGAACCAAUAUAGGGAACAUCAUUCAAGUUCCAAAUAUUCAAACUAUACCUACUGUACAGAAUAUACCAGGUUUAGGAAACGUCCAAGUGAUAACCCAAGCACCACAAAUUGCUGUGGGUCAACACAUCCAACAAGAUCCCAACGAUCCAAGCAAAUGGCAAGUGAUAUCAAACGUUCCCGCGGCAAACACUCAACAAACAACGCAACCCACAAACCUUUCUUCUGGGGUUGUUGUAACAACGAGUCCACAAGAAACGGAAAAUAGUUCGAGUAACAACGUUGAAAACGGUGAUAAUAUGCAGAAACAGAGGGUACGCAGGGUUGCAUGCACCUGUCCCAACUGCCAAGAAGGAGAAAGACACUCUGAUAGGAAGAAACAACAUAUCUGUCACAUACCAGGUUGUAACAAGGUUUAUGGAAAGACUUCACACCUGAGGGCGCAUUUAAGGUGGCAUACCGGCGAAAGGCCAUUUGUUUGUAAUUGGUUGUUUUGCGGGAAAAGGUUCACCAGAUCGGAUGAGUUGCAGAGGCAUAGGAGAACACAUACAGGUGAAAAAAGAUUCCAGUGCAUGGAGUGCAACAAGAAGUUUAUGAGGUCUGAUCACCUCUCGAAACACCUUAAAACCCACCAGAAGCAGAGGAUAACGCAAAAUGGAGAAAUUCGUGAAGGUACGCCAGCUGAUGAUACGGAAGAAGAGGAGUGGAAACAAGAAAUAGAUGACCCCCAAAAACCUAUAUGGAUAACAGAUGACAAGAGCAAUGUGAAAUAUGCUGUAACCAGGGUACCUUUCGAACAGCAGGAGGCUGCGACAUCUACCCAGUCGAUAUCAUCGGAUAGCUCUAGUAAUGAAGAAAAAAUGAUGAUCACUUUGAGUUCCGAACCAGAUGAAUUAAUUAUAGCGGAUCCUUUAGAUAGUUGAGUAUCUAUUUAUAUAAUGUCCCGUUGAAAAAUGUUAUUGAAAUUAUAUUUUUACAAUUA